AAUGCAUAGUGAAGUGGAGUUUUAAAAAUAUUAAUUCGAGACCUUGUUUCACAGUGCCUUAUCUCUUGUAAAGCAUUCCACCAACAUAAUGGUUAUGUGAAAUCGAUGAUUAGGGAUCAAAAUAUUACAUUUGAUACGGAAACAUGGUGUGACUAGCAUCUGAAGAUCAUUGACGUUGAAAUUAACAAUGAGUGAUCCAAGGUCACAAAAGCUACCAUGGGUGACAAAGUUGUCGUAUGGUGUCGGCCACGUGUUGAAUGACCUCCUCGCGUCAAUGUGGUUCAGUUACCUACUAGUGUAUCUUCAUGCUGUUCUCGGAUUUAACAACGUCCUUGCUGGGAACUUGAUGCUGAUUGGACAAGUUAGUGAUGCAGUUUUUACACCAUUUAUCGGCUUUGAGUCGGAUAGAACAAAUGGAUUUUGCGGAUAUGGAAAAAGAAAAAGUUGGCAUUUGUUAGGUACAAUUUGUUGUAUCUGCAGCUUCCCAUUCCUCUUCAAUGCGUGUAUUACGUGUGAACAUUCCGCCAUGUGGGCCCAGUUUAUUUAUUACUCCCCAUUUGUUGUCAUUUUCCAAUUUGGAUGGGCAUCAACACAAAUAUCCCAUCUCUCUCUCAUACCAGAUCUGACCUCUAACUCACAGGAGAGAGUUGAACUAAAUGCAAUUAGGUAUGCAUUCACUGUGAUCUCCAACCUGUUGGUGUAUCUCAUCACAUGGUUGAUGUUGGACAUCCACCAAACAGACAGUGCUAAGGGUGACGGGAAUGGAGACGGAACCUUGUCAAUUCAAGACACACCAAAAUUUAGGCUCAGGAAGUCUUUUCAAGAUAUCACAUUUAUCGUGGUAGGAUUGGGUGCAGUAUUCAGCAUUAUCUUUCAUAUUGGGGUCAAGGAGCGCAAGCAUGAAUUUGAGGGAUCUGAAGAAGACAAGAAGUCUGUUUGUAAUACACCUCAUAUCUCCUCUACCUUCGAGGAUUCUGAUGAGGAGAAAAGACCUCUUAUAAGACAGCUUAAAAUUAAAAAGUGUUUAACUGUCACAGAUUGGCUCAAACAGCGACAGUUUUAUCAGAUCGGUCUUCUCUACAUGUUUACAAGACUGGUAGUGAAUAUAUCCCAAAUCUACUUGCCUAUGUACCUGACAGACACCCUGAGCUUGAAGAAACAUUUUAUUGCCAUUAUUCCCCUGAUUGUAUAUAUCAGCGGGUUUAUUGCUUCAUUUCUCAUGAAGCCUGUUAAUUACUUAGUUGGGUCUAAGGGUGCCUAUAUGCUGGGGGUUAUCUGUGUGGUAGGGAGCUGUGUUGGAUUCUGGUUCAUACGGACACAGUUCAAUCUAAUAGUGUUUGCCCCUGCUGUAUUCCUGGGAGCUGGGGGAUCAACUAUCCUGGUCACAUCUCUCUCUAUGACAUCAGAUCUUAUUGGAGAGAAUAUGGGAAGUGGAGCAUUUGUUUACGGAGCUAUGAGUUUCACAGAUAAAUUGUCAAAUGGAGUAGCUGUGCUACUUAUACAGAAGCUGCAUCCAUGUGGGGACCUUGUAGCAUGCUGUGCCGCCUGUGAGUGGUACUACAGGGAUAUACUAUGUUUGGUGCCUGGAGGUUGCGCUGUUUUGGCAUUUAUAGUAUUAAUCACAUUACUGCCAUUUACCAUUGGAAAGCUAAAUGUAAAAGGUACUAAUCUACAAGAAAAUGACACCCCUAAAGAUAGAGCCUUGAAGAACCCCAUUGAAAAUGAUGGUAUUGUCCAAACAUGGAUACGUUAUGUUAACUAUAGGUUCAAUGGUAUGUCCGUUCAUGUACAUUAUGACACUGUGACUGACUGCAUUGUAGGGAUACGUUAUGUUAACUAUAGGUUCAAUGGGAUACGUUAUGUUAACUAUAGGUUCAAUGGUAUGUCCAUUCAUGUACAUUAUGACACUGUGACUGCAUUGUAG